AAUUUAUUUGGAUAAAUUUGUGCCUCAAAUUCAUUCAUCUAUAAAUAGCAAUACUCCGCAAUACUCAGAAACAAGAACAAAAAUAUUUAGCAAGAUUUGAAUAAGACGAAGAUGAGCUCUGAACAAACAAAAGAUCUCCCGCCGCACGUGCUGAUUUUCCCUUAUCCAAUUCAGGGGCAUCUCAACUCCAUGCUCAAUCUCGCGCAUCUCUUCUGCAUAUCCGACUUCCACGUCACCUUCAUCAUCUCCGACUUCAACCACCGCCGCCUCCUCGAGCACACCACCGUCCCCGCCGCCUUCGCCCGCUACCCAGGGUUCCAGUUCCGCACUCUCCCCGACGGCCUCCCCGACGACCACCCCCGCGCCGGGGAGAGCGUCGUGGACCUCGUGUUCUCCGUCGAAAAAGUCACCGCGCCGCUCUUCAAGAAAAUGAUGCUCCACGAGAAUUUCUUGGCCGGCGGCGCCGCCCGUAGACGGGUGACUUGCUUCGUUGCCGAUGUUAUGCGUUUCGUCCCCGACUUCGCUAGAGAACAUGACCUUCCGUUCAUCUUCUACCAUACUACUAGCGCCGCCUUCUCGUGGCUUUAUUUUUGCUCUACUCAGCUGCUUCACGAAAUUCCUCUCCGAGGAAAAUCGAUGGAUGGAUUAGUAGAAAGUGUAGCAGGAAUGGAAGGUUUUCUCCGGUGGCGUGACCUGCCGAGUCAUUACCGUGCCGACGAUGUAAACGACCCUAUUCUUCAAGGCACAAUAGAGCGGCUAUCUGUGAAGGAAAGGAUCAUAUUUAACACUUGUGAAGAUCUUGAGGGGCCGAUAGUUGCAGAGAUACAGAAGCAUGUGCCGAGAAUUUUCUCCAUCGGUCCAAUCCACGAGCAAAUUAAAUCCAGAUUGACGGAGAAGAAGGCAGAGGUCUCGAUCAUCCAGGCGAGUCUAUGGGCGGAAGACCGGAGCUGCAUCGAUUGGUUGGAUGCGCAGCAGCCUAAAUCAGUCAUCUAUGUGAGCUUUGGGAGUAUAACGGUUGUGACGAGAGAGCAAGUGUUAGAGUUCUGGCACGGCUUGCUCAACAGUUCGCAGAGGUUCUUGUGGGUGAUGAGGCCGGAUUCCAUCACCGACAAUGAAGGAAAUGAUCAGGUUUUGGCGGAAUUAAUGGAACGUAGCAAAGAAAAGGGUUUGUUUGUGGAGUGGGCGCCGCAGGAGAAGGUGCUCAACCACUCUGCGGUGGGGGGAUUCUUGACUCACAGUGGAUGGAACUCGACUCUCGAGAGCAUUGUGGCCGGCGUGCCGAUGAUAUGUUGGCCUUAUUUCGCUGAUCAAACCACUAAUAGUAGGUUUGUGAGUGAGGUUUGGAAGAUUGGAUUGGACAUAAAAGAUACUUGUGAUAGAUUGAUUAUUGAGAAGGCGGUGAGGGAUUUGAUGGAAGUGAGAAAAGAUGAGUUUUUGGAAAGGGCAGAAAAUAUGGCUAAACUUGUGAAAAUGUCUGGUUGUAAAGGUGGUUCGUCGUAUACUAAUAUGGAUGCCCUAGUUCAAUAUAUCAAGUCAUUGGUAUUUUGAUUAUGAACUAGUACAAUAUUGCAAAUUCAGGUAGAGUUUGGUUGCUUAUAUAUGCCGAUUAAUUUAUUUGGCUUAAAUAUGGAUUGUUAUUGUUUACAUUUUUAUA